AUGUGUGCUCGUGCGCAGGCGGUCGGCGAGUUUGGGGUUAUCAUCGACAAGUAUCAGAACCUCGGUGCAAUCAAGCAGGCUGACAAGCAGGAGCUGAACGAUUUCCUGAAGGAGGCUGCCGAACGUGUCAGGUUCGGGAAAGCGCUUUGUGCGGACUCAUUGUUGCAUUAUGGCCUGAGCCAGGGUGGCGACAAAGGUUGCGAAAUCAUCAGAAGCGUGCUAUCCCAGGUAGCAGGUGAGCAAGUCAGCGAAGAGCUACUGUCACCGGCUCUGCUGCACGCAGCACGCCAGCUGCUCGGCUGA